UGGUACAAGAAAUUUCAAUGAGAGAGCGUUCUUCGUUCGGAUUCGUACAUUAUUUUUCUUUUCGCUCGAUCGUUAAUUGCAACGUAAAGAUGGAUAAAAUAAAAGGUAAAACUGUCGCAAUUACCGGUGGAGGUAGCGGUCUUGGAUACAAAUAUGCCGAGGAUUUGCUAAAGAAUGGCGCCAAGAGUGUAGCCAUUUUGGAUCUGGCCAAUUCGAAAGGUACCCAAUCUGUGUCAACAUUGGAAAAAGAAUUCGGCAAAAAUCGAGCCAUCUUUAUACCUUGCGACGUAACGAACGCUUCGCAAUUCGAAGAGGCAGUAAAGAAAGUCAUCUGUACCUUCAAUAACAUUGAUAUAUUUAUCAACAAUGCCGGAAUUUUAGAUGAAUCUCGUUGGGAAAAAAUGAUCGACAUUAACGUCACAGCUUUGAUUCGUUCAACUUUACUGGGAAUACAACAAAUGCGUCGAGAUUCGGGUGGAAAAGGAGGCGUUGUCCUUAAUGUCUCCUCGAUCGCUGGUCUAUGUGCUUUACCAAAACUUCCAGUUUACUCCACUACCAAACACGCCGUGGUGAAUUUUAGCCGCUCCUUCGCCCAACCUUAUCACUAUCAGAGAACAAAGGUGAGAAUCAUAGUACUCUGUCCAGGCCUGACCGAGGCAAAUCACGAAGAUUUUCAAAGCAAUCUUACGGAUCCUCGAAGGUACCAACCCCAAAGAGUCCAAUCAGUUGCCCAUGGACUGAUCUAUGCGAUCAGAUGCGCUCAAAAUGGAAGUAUAUGGAUAAGCGAGCAAGGUAAACCUGUUUAUGAAGUUCAACUGUCCGAUAGUUUACCGCAGAAGACGGAUCAACCGGAGGAACAACAGAGUUCAGAGCUAUCGAUAAACAACGCGUUGCUUCGAUUCCUUCGAAAUCGGUCUUUCUGCCUUCUCUCUCUUGCAUGCACAAAUGCGCGCGCGCAUACACACGUUCCUUUUGACCAAGAAGCUAAUCAAAGAGGAACCAGCCGUCCUCUUCCCUCUUCUUUCUCGAAACGAAGCGUGAAACGCCAAGUAGUAAUAACGCGUCUCCGAUUAAUGUCAUUCGAUUCGUAUAAAUACCAUUCGGGGAAAGCAUCGAUCUCAGUUUGCUUCUUUGCGACCGCUACGUUCGUUCUGUCAUUCUUUUUUCGAUUCUUAUCGGUUUAUUUAUUUCGAAAAUUCAAAAUGGAGAUGAUAGCGCCACGGAUGAGCAGACGACGUUCCUCGACCUCGGAAAGAGCCAAGGAAUUGGAAGAAAUCAAUGGUUUCGUAUCUGAUAAAAAUAUUUUAAUAACCGGCGGCGCCUCUGGUCUAGGUUACGCUUUCGUCAAUCGCUUUUUAAAACAUGGAGCAAACAAAAUAACUAUACUCGAUAUAGACGGAGAGACUGGUAAAAGGAUUAGCUUGGGUAUAGACAAGUCGUACGGUGAAAACAAAGUAUACUUCGUACAAAGUGACGUAGCCAAACAAGAACAAUUGAUAGAGGCCUUCGAGGAAGCGUCAAUAUUAAUGGGCGGCAUUGACAUAGUGAUAAACAAUGCUGGAAUACUCGACGAACGACGUUGGGAACGUGAGAUCGCCGUGAACAUCACUGGAAUGAUCUCGACAGCGAUGUUGGCUGUCAAAUACAUGAGCAAAGAGAACGGUAGACACGGUGGAAUAUUGGUGAACGUCAGUGAACGCAUGAACGUCGGUAAUACGGCUCAACUUCCAGUUUAUGCAGCCACAAAACACGCGAUCAUAGGUCUUUCGCAAUCUCUCGCAGAUCCUGAUCACUACGAAAAAACCGGAAUAAGCGUGAUAACGUUGUGCCCUGGGUUAACGGAAACCGGACUCACCAUCGACAGUCCGAACAAAUUACUAUCCAGAGUAAUGAAAGCGGAUUUUGUGAAGAACUUGGAACAGGUCCCUAUACAAACACCGUAUGUCGUCGCUCAGGGACUAUUGAAUGUUCUACGUUUCGGUGAAUCCGGUAGCAUUUGGGUCAUCGAGAGUGGUCGUCAACCUUACGAGAUUUAUGUACCAAAUCCUCGUACUCUACGUCGACGUUAUAAGAACAACAUGACGUACGUCGAAACUAAAAUUGGAAAAGGACGCACGAUAACGAAAGUUUGCGACAGUGCUACGAGAACUAGCGUAAUUUGUGCUUGAUCGGAACACGAAUUAUUUCUUUACCUUUAAUUUUAAGUUUCCUAAGCGAAUUGCAUUUCGAAAGUAGGAAGAAAAUGCUCUAACAAGGAACGAUAAGAAGUAAUUAAUCUGUAAGCUGUAUACGAGUAUAUCGUUAUGUACAGCUACAGGUUAAUAAAAAAAAAAAGAAAGAGGUCGAUUACUAUUACAAAGAUUAUACACCGCGUAUUAUUUCAUCAUUUCAGUAUUAUUCAUAGCAUCGGGAUUCACAAUAUCCGCUGUACAAAACAAAAACUUAUCGUUGGAAAAUCGCGUACAUCGUGUAAUAAUAUUUUCCCCAUGCAUAAUGCAAGAAACUUAAAACAUACUUUUUUUCUUCUUA